AUGGUAUCCGCAAGAAAAACUUUGGCCCUCUGCCUGAACGGAUCGCUCCUUCUUCAGGAGCCAUCAUCAGCAUUUACAGGUCCAACGAAAACGAGCAGUCAUCCAAGUCUAAAACGAUCCAGAGUUGGGCCCCUACACUCUUUUGAAGUCAUGGAGGCUGUAGGAACAACGCAUGCUCCCAUCAUGUCUACCGUCAACUCCUUUUUCCAAACGCAACCAUACUUGGCCGCAUUCUUGACCUGCAGUUUCAAAGCCAGUGCUGCUGACAUGAUUGCUCAGACACAAGAAAUGGGAAACGAGAAGGCUCCCAGUUCCGAAGUAUCUUCUAGUGGUAACAAUGAAGCCAACAAUAACGUUAACAUUUCGAGGAAUUUGGGUUUCCUAUUCUACGGUGGCAUCUAUCAAGGAAUGGCACAAAAUUUUAUUUUCAAUGUCAUUUACCCAUCUUGGUUCGGAACCGACGAGUCUCUGGCGCUGGUUGGAAAAGAAGUUCUGGUAGACAACCUAUUGUUUGCCCCGCUUCUUUGUCUCCCAAUUGCCUAUGCAUUCAAGACAGCCUUUUCAUCGGAAGAACCUCUGGGUUUGGACACUCUUAAAGUUGGUUUGGAAAAUUAUGUAGAAGAUGUCACUACAAAAGGAUUGUUGGCACGCUACUGGUCAAUAUGGUUUCCUGCAAAUAUGAUAACGUUUGGUGUGAUUCCACCACACUAUCGGGUGGUUUUCGUCGCUUCAAUUUCCUUCUUUUGGAUUUUCAUGCUAUCUACCAUAUCGUCUUCGAGCGAAGAGGAGUCUACUGUGAAGGUAGAAGAAGUCAAAGCUAUGCCAGUCCUCUCGAUGGAUCAAUAG